AUUCAUUUUUCAGAAAAGCAAAACAUAGUCCUGAAACAUAGUCCUGAAGCAUACAAUUGAAAGAGGUAAUAAAAAUGACCGCCAAUUUCAUGAAAUUAUGCUCGCUUAUAUUACAAGAGCACUUUGGAGAAACUGCUAAGAUUGUAGGCGAAAAUCUUUUUACAUCUGUGUCCAAAACAAUCACUGGAAUUGUUACUUCUACAAAACUUAGCCGAAAACAGGUCAUAGCCAGUUUAUCGAUAUUGGUGCAGCAUCAAUUUGUCAAAUUCACUGCAUGUGAACAUAAUGAAAGCAUAGCCGAAUACUCGCUUCUUCCUGACAAAAUACUUCUUAUGUUACGAUAUCCUCACUACGUCUGUUUCAUAUUAAAAAAAUAUGGAAAUAUGUCAGCUCUUUUGCUGGAAGAGGUUUUACAUUCAAGUGUUGGAAUUGCAGAAUUAAUCAUUGCUAGAUGCUACAGCCAACUUGAAAGGAAAAAUGAUAACACCUUGAAAGAACUUCGCGAUGCUUUUUGUCAUCUUGUCAAUGAAACUAUUUUUAUAAGACAUCCAAACAUAUCAGACGACUCAGUUCCACAACUGAAACUUGAUAAGAUACAUUUUUUUGAAUUGCCUGAUAUAGAUUUGGAAGACAUCAAGUCAUACAUUGAAAGUGGUUGCGAACCGUCAUCAAACAUUUAUUGGACUGUUAAUUUUGACUGCUUGCAUAGGCAUUUAAGGGAUAAGAUUCUUGUAAAUACGAUCGAUCGUCAAAUCGAUGUCAAUGCUGGUGAAGCUUUUCAAUUUAUUUUACAACUGAUGGAAAAAAAAACUGAUGCUUGGAAUACAACAUCCAAUCCAAUAUCAUAUUUUGAACUGAAACAAUUGAUUACAAGAAAAUCUAGUAAUUCAGACCUUGUAAAGUAUUUUGAUCAAUACAUUUCAGUGAUAGAAAAAAAUGAAAGUGGAUUCCUCAAAAAAAUUGAUGAAUCAGGUGGCGGCAUAUACACGGUUAAUAUGGUUGUGGCGCUUCAACAACUUGUCUGGACAAUCAUUGAAAACGUGAUCACUCAAAAAUUUGGGUCAAAAGCAACUCGAAUUUUUCGUGUUGUAAAAGCAAGAAAAUAUCUCGAGCAAGAAGAAAUUCAGAGAGAAGCUAUGAUUCCCGGAAAAGAAGCAAAGUUACACACAUACCGUUUACUGGAGGAAGGUUUUUUACAAAUCCAUACAAUUAAAAAGGUUGGAGGUGGUGGAACUGGACCUGUAAAAGCUUUUUAUCUUUUUCAUAUAAAUCAAUAUCACAUUGUUUUGAUGUUAAUUGAAACAUGUUAUAAAGCGUUAUACAACUCUAUGAAGCGUGGCAAUAUAGAUAAGGAAAUUAACAAACGACUUAUGGAAAAGUCUAUGAGACUUCAAUUCAUUGUUGAUGCAAUGAAAGAACGAGGGGAGUCAGAAGAAGUUAUACACGAGAUCAAUGAAACUCUUACUCCACCUGAGAAAGAGAUUGUAGAAAAAACAAAAUCAAGACUUAAACAUCUUGAAAGUUCUGAGAUAGUCAUUGACGAAAUGCUUUUCCUGUUUCAACUUUUCAUUUAUUAUCAAUCACCAGCCAAUAAAUAGCAAUACAGCUGAAUUUGAGAAAAAAAACGUAAAAAAUGUUGAUUAAAAUUAACAAGUACAAUUUAUUAAACUCUUAAUUAUGGAAACAGAUUUAUAUCUGUGAAAACUUAACAUUCAAAUUGUUUUUGUAAUAGCUCGUGACACUUACAUAUGGUUACAUUCAU